AAAUUAAAUGCGCCAAAGCUAGAGGGAGAGAAUCGUGGAAGAAUGUGAGCAAUUAUAGCGAAUUUUACUGUAAAGUAUAGUGCUCCGUAAUAUAAGUAUCACCGUCAAAUAGAAACGGAAACCAUGGACGCACUACAGGCUUUACAAGAUGAGGUUGCUCUUGAGGGGCUUGACGGAAUCACAAUUGGUGGUCUAUGGUUUAGAUUAGAGCACCGAAUUCCUAAAUUACUCCUUCAGCUUGACUGUGCCACCAAAAAGUUUCUUUGGCAAGCAUUAGUUUGCAACUCCGAAAUCGACUUCUUCGAGCUGCCACAGGAGAGACCACCUCUGGUAUACUAUGACAGAUUUAGUGAAAUUGAUCCAGAAACUGGAAUUCAUGAAAUGAAAAGUGAACGUUCACCAGUGGAGGAUGUUUAUCCAGUCCACAUUGUUCUUGAAAAUAAAGAUGGCAUCAAAGGGUCUUGUAAGUUUUUUAAAGAGAGGGUCAGUGUUACACACCAGAUCAGGACUAAGGAUUGUAAGAUGCAUUGCAGCCUUGAAGAUGCAAGUAAAAGGUGGGGAGAGAAACUUGUUAUGGUUGCCUCUCAGAAGAUACGUCACAGGUCCUUAAUUGGCUGGGAUGGUGACCCUGAUUUAAAUCUGUCUGAUCUUACCUACUGUAUUCUGGAGAGGCUUGGCAGAGCACGCUGGCAGGGGGAGCUUCAAAGAGACUUGCACUGCGGCACUUUCAAGACUGACGCACGAAAACUGCAUUAUUUAAGAAAACCUCUUGACCGCAACAAUUUAGUUACUCUACAGUCCCAUGUUAUCCGGUUGCCCAAUGGCAGCCAGCAGCAUUCAGUGUUACUUCUGCUGAAGAGGUUUCACGUGGACAGGAGAAGCAAGUAUGCUCUAUUGAUGGAGAAAGUGUGUCAGAUAUUGUCAUCUAAAGAAGACAACCUUUCUACCAUGUCUCAUUUAAAGGAGGAGUUGAAUAUUUGUGAGCGAACAUUUAAAAGAUUAUAUCAGUAUUUGCUUGCAGCAGGCAAAGCCCAAAUUAUUGUGAAGCCUUUGCAAGAAAUAGAUCCUAGUGCUACUGUCUGCAAAACAAAGAAAGGAACAGAUAUUGUUGUUCGAUGCCUUAAACUCUUGCCAGAAAAAAAGAGAACCACUGAGGAGGAUGAUGAAAAUGAGGAUGAUGAUGAUAAAAAAAUACAUCAGGCUGAAGGUCGAGUUGUUCAAAGGGAUUUGCUUACGCAGGCCUAUGAACUGAUUGAAAGCAGAGGAACCAAAGGUGCUUCUCAAACUGAAAUCAGACAAGUUAUGAAUUUGGGAAAACUAGAAUCUCGAAUGAUCUGUCGCCUUCUUGAACGUUUCGACAAGGUUAAGGGUUUUAUGGAAGAUGAAGGUCGUCAACGAACCACAAAAUAUAUAGCCAAAUGCUAUGUUGAGCACAGCAAAUUAAAUCUGCAGUUUGCAAAAGAAAAGGCACGAAGUGAAAAGCUGGCAACCACCGUUUCAUCUUUACCUACGGACAUACCAACAGAUGAAGUUCUUUCUCCAGUUCCUUCUUCAGAAGAGGAAAUUCCCGUAAUGGAGAAAAGUGAUGCAAAGCCAACAAUGAAGAAAGGAAAUAAAAAUCCUGAGCUAAAAAUACAAACACAGUUUCUAUUAAAAAAUUCUAAAAUAAAUAAAAGCAUUCAGAACCCUAAACCUGUAGGAACAGGAGCAUCAAAAACAAAAAAAAAGGAAAAUGUUAAAGGCACACCUGUUAAAAGUCGUGCUUCUGAAGCUGAGGGGGAGGAGGCUUCAGAGGUGACAGUGGUCAAGUCAAAUGAUCAAGCUGAGAAAAUUGGUGAAGAUGCUCCGAUCAUUGAGGAAGUCUGUUUGGAGAGUCCCUGCACAUCCAAUAAAAGGGAUAAAGUAUCGAAAAAGAGCCAGCGAUUAAGAAUUGAUCGCCCUCAUGAGACGUACAGAUUGUUAAAACGAAAGAACAUGAUUGUUGAGGCUGUUCAGAAACUGAAGUUGGUUGAAAGCCUUUAUUUACUGCAGAAGAUGAUCAAUGAUGAAGAAAAACAGGAAGGAGUAGCAACUAAGUGUUGUAAAAAAUCUACUCUAAGGCUUGUCCAAAGGCUCUCUCAAGAAGGACUGCUGAGACUGUACAGAACGACACUUGUUCAAGAUGGAAUUAACAAAAAGGUUGAGCUGGUUGUCCAUCCUUCCAUUCUUCCAAAUGACCCUCUUGUGAAAAGUGCCAUUGAACAAGUUAGGUUCCGUAUGUCAAGUAGUUACAAUGCAAGCCGAAUGAAGUUUCUGCAAAAUAAGAAUGGGCCAGAUGAGACUCAGGAUAAAAACAGUAUUGAGAAUAGUGGUGACAAUAGCCAAGUUCCUGAACAGAAUCAUGAUGGUUCUACAAAUCAGCCUGAGAGCCCCUGUAAUCCUAAUAACAGCAAAACAGAUGAGAAGAUGGGAGUGAAACAGCUAAAAAAUUUCCAUCCACUUAUAGUUCCAGGGCUUGGACGUUCUUUGGGUUUCCUUCCCAAAAUGCCUCGGCUGAAAUUGGUUCAUAUAUUCCUUUGGUAUUUAAUUAAUGAACAUCCCUUACGGAAGAAUUAUGAAGAUAAUUCCAUAGCACUGCCUGUGAAUGAGAAAGAAAAGGAUAAUACAGAAGAUGCAUUGUUAAGCAAGGAAAAUACUUGCUCUGAUGAGCUACAGGAAAAUUUGAGAAAUAUACAACUGGAUCAGUUCUGCUAUGAAACUGUAUAUGUUGAUGAAGUAUCUUGGAAACGAUUUGUUCCUCCAACUCCUAUGCACCAAGAAUAUGGACGUGGCUGGGGUCUUGUGAGUGACAUUUUGCUGUGCCUGCCUCUCUCUGUAUUUGUCCAGAUCAUUCAGAUAAGUUACAAGGUUGAGGGCCUUGAGGAUUUUCUCAAUGAUCCAGUCAAGCAGCAUACUUUAAUUAGGUUUCUGCCAAAACCAAUGAGACAAUUGCUUCUUUAUAAAAGGAAAUAUAUAUUUUCUUUUUGGGAAUGCUUGCAGCGAUUAUGCUACAUAGGACUGGUACAGCUGGGGCCAUCAGAAAAAUUUCAAGACAAAGAUCAGAUUUUCGUUUAUAUGAAGCGGAAAGUGACUAUUGUGGACACUUCUACGUGUGAUCCACAUUAUAACCUUGCUCGUAGCAGUCGUCCAUUUGAAAAGCGAUUUUAUAACUUCACAACUCUUCAUGAUGUUGAAAACUUCUGGUUUGAUUUGCAGUGUGUGUGUUUAAAUACACCGUUAGGAAUAAUAAGAAACCCUCGUCAACGGAAGGGCAAUUCUGAAGAUUUAAAAAAUGAUCCUGAUUUGACUCAAGAAAAGCUGUCGUUUGAGCACAUAUUGAAAAUGAGUGACUGUAUGAAGGGACAAAAGGAGGUGAUAGAUGAUGGUGUUAUGCCUGGGGAUGGGCAAGGAGCAGGAGGCCUUGACUCUAACUUUUUUAGUCAUCUAAGGCGUAACUGGAUUUGGACUAGUUAUAUACUGGACAAAACUAGGAAGCCUGGUGCGACGCUAGAGGCUGGUCAGACACUGCGACUACAGACUUUCUUGACCAAGCAUCCUUUACCUUUUACGAAUGAAGGUAGCAAAUUAAAUCGUUUACUAGAUUCAACAACCUUUGGAACCGUUGAUGUGACUGACGUUCACAUUCAAAAGAGGUCAGUAGACACUCGCAAUAAAGGAACUGCCAGCAACAAGAAACUGAAACGAAAGAAGUCUAAAAACAGUGUUGGGAAAAAAAUGAAAAAAAAUAGAAAAGAAAGAAAACCUCAGAAGAAAUUAGACAGACCCUCAGCCUUUCACGACGAAGCUGACAGGAGUGCUUUGCAGAGGAUGACCCGACAGAGAGUGGCCUGGACUGCCCAAGAAGAUGGUUUACUUAUGCUAUGUCGUAUUGCAAUACAUAUACUGAACAAAAAGGUAAAGGGGCCUUUUGUUCCAUGGCAAGCUGUUAGAGAUGUAAUCCAUAGUAAUCUGGAAGAAUCCUUGGAUAAAACAUCUAUGUCAGUUGGCCGUCGAGCUCGCCACAUUAUGAAAAAUCCUCAGACUUUGCUCAACUUUAAAAUUUGUGUUGCAGAGGUCUACCAAGACAAAGAUCUAACUGAGAAAUUUCUGAAAAGGAAAAGUAACUACGAAAGUCCUGAGGUGUGUGCUGCAGAGUUUAAAGAGUUUGUUGAAGAACUAAGGAAGAAAUUUAGCACCACAGAUGGAGGUUUUCAUCUGGAGAUUCCAGACACAAAAGAAGAACUUUUCAGACAAUUCAGGUUGUGUUCUAUUGGAGGUGACAAGAUCAAGGAAACAAAGCCAGAUGUUCUUACAAGUUUUGAUGAUAUCUAUUCAGCAGUUCUGAAUAACCUCAUCCAGAGCACAUUAGCAAUGUCAGAUACUCAGAUGAAAAUAUGUCAGUCCUUUCAGACAUUUUAUCUGUAUCGAAAAUACAGGGAAGACCUUCUGUAUCAGGUUUUUAAAGAGUGCCAAAAAAAAGGACUGGUAAAUCGGCGUCGAGUGAAUCAGAUUUUGGGACCUAAGAAGAGUCGUGCUUUGCCUUUUGCAGCAAUGUCAUAUCAGCUGUCACAGUCAUAUUACAGGUUCUUCACAUGGCGCUUUCCCAAUACUCUGUGUGCAGAAUUAGACCGGUUUUCAGAACAGCUAAAGAGUGUGGGAUCAGAAGAUAAGCCAAAUAACUUCUCUUUUAUGGAUAAAGAUACAGUGGACUCAAAAACUGAAAUGAUGUUGUUCCCCAUGGAUGCUCCUGGUGGAUAUUGCCUCUUCAGCCUGUCUUUAUUUAUCCUUGGCUUCCUGUCUGUAGAUGUGGCUAUUCCUGAACAGAUUGUGGUUGUGGACAGCGCCAUGAUGGACAAUGAAGUCACAAAGGGCCUAUUAAAGGAUGGCAUGGAUGACGAGGAAGAGGAAGAAGAGGCAGAGGACAUAGAAAAUAAACGAAAAAUUGAGGUGAAAGCCAGGCAGGCCUCUCAUACCAAUUACCUGCUCAUGAGGGGCUUCUGUUCUCCUGGCAUAGUAAACACCCGUAACCUUAACACCUGUGACAAUGUUGUGGUGAACUCGUGCCAGUUGAAGGUCAAACUGCGUGUCACUCCGGCCCACCACUGGUUCUGUUGGCCAGGAAUUUCUAAGGUCACUGAACAAAUUUCUGAGGACUGUCAGCUUCCAGAAAACUUCACCAGAAUUCUGAGAAAGUCCAAGGAUGUUUGUAGACUGGACAGGUUUAGGAAGCUGUGUGUGGAGGAAUACGGCUACUCUGCUGAAGAUCUGCAAGCGGUCCUUGAAAUAAGCAGUGCCAUUGAGGAAAGCAAGUCUUUUGGGUGCGAUAAAAACGAUCUGCGAAACAAAUUUCUCAGCUUUAAAGAAAGGAAGGAAGGAAGGACGCGGUCCCUUCACCAGUAUGUUGAGGAUCUAAUCAAGCUGGAGGAAGUGCUUGAAGUUGGAGCAAACACUCAGCGGCUCGUUGCAUUUAAAUACUCAAGCCCAUGGUUGCUUCAUAUACGAGCGGCACCUUUGGCCUCUAAAAGAAGCAAAAACAGCAGAAACAUUUCACGGUCAAUUAAACGUAAACUGGAAGCGCCAGGUGAGGAAGAUGGAGCCCCCAGCAAUAAAAAGGCUCAUGUGCCAUUUAAUAACCCCACCCCAGAAGAAACCAGCAGAUCUCAAGAAGCAUUGUCCGCACCCACGGAGGUCACCAAUUCAGUGACGUCAAUGGGUAGCAAUUUGGUGCUGGAAAGCAGAGAGGAAAACCAAAGCACUUCAAGAACUUCUCCAGAUGAUGGCGUCCACAUCAAAGACAGCGCUGUGCUGGCACAGGAAGGCAGAGACCCUGGGCAGGAUCCGGAGUCUGGGACAUGGGAAGACAAUGCCGGGGAUGAAAUUGAUGACAAACUGGAAGAAAAUGUGACUGAUGAGGAGAAGGAGAGCAAAUGUGAGGAAAUCAGCUUCAUCAGUCGUCCCUGGAGGAUUGUCGACGGCAGUUUAAAUAAGCCAGUGUGUAAGGGAAUGCUGGAGGCCAUGCUCUUCCACAUCAUGACAAAGCCUGGGAUUCCUGAUCAGACCUUAAUACAUCAUUACAAGGGUGUCAUUCAGCCUGUUGUUGUCCUGGAACUUUUACAGGCUCUUGAAACACUUGGUUGCAUUCAGAAAAAACAAAUAAAGAAGUCCAGAAAAGCUUCACUGUUUUCAAGACCUGAGAUUCUGGAGGAGGAGGAAGAGGAGGAGGAUGCAGUACAAACAAGUUCAGCCUCCACUGUGUUCUACGAGCCUGCAGUAGAUUGCUGUUUAAAACUUGCAAAGCUCUUUCCACAUGAACCCAACUGGAAUAAAUGGGUCCCCUUCAUACAUACGUGACGCAGGUCCAGCUGUUCACGAGAGUGGCACUUUGGAAUGUAAAUAACCCUGUUUGGUGUGUUUGUCCUCCGUUUAAAACUGAAGAUGGGCUGCUUCCAGCAGCAAGCGUUGCAGGAGACUGUUGCAGAUUGACCCUAAACAAAACGACCAAACUCCUCAUUUUCCAAAUUUCAGGUGGUCUGGAGCUGCUGAUCAGGUUGGUGGUUCACAUGGGCUGAGGUGCCAGCCCCACCCAGUUCAAGAUGUGAGCAUGUGUUUGGUUUAUUUAUUUAUUUUUGUUCAGUUUAGGAGUCAACAAGCAUCCACCGGUUAGAUUUUCAAAGUUGACUUGUAAAAUUUGUCUACUUUAAAACCAAAUUAUGUCAGUCAGAUGUAACUGUCAGAUACCAUCUGAUGAUGUCAUAACAUUUUUGGGUAUUGCUACAAAAUCCUGGAUAAAGUUUUUUAAUCAAA